UUCAUCUGUAAAAUUCUGUGCGGGCGCUGACGAGAGGGAGAGAGGGAGAAGCGGAUUUGACGAUUUGGACGCAAAUCAUGGCACUCUUCAGAUUUCGUAUUUCUUCCUCCCUCAAUCUUUCAAUCCUCUUCUUUUCUUCAUCACAAAACCGAAUACUAUACCAAAAAAAUCUAAAAAACCCAAAAAAAAAAAAUACAAUCUUGGUUGAGUUUAGAGGGUUGGGAGGGAGGGAGUUGAGAUUCCCUGGCAAUGAACAAGAAGAUGAAGAUAGAAAUGGCUUCCUCUCAUUUCUCCUUUGCAUUGAUGACCAAGUUUGCAAUUCUCUUAUCAUUUUUAUUAUCAUUUGCAUCCGCCGCUGAUUCACCUCCCACGUCUCCCACAUGUCAUAAUGCUCUUCGAAUGGUCAAAGUCCUCAUGUGGGCUAAUAAUGUGGAACAAGAAACGAUAAUUGGAAUGUCUGCAAGAUUUGGCAGUAUUGUGCCCCCAACUACCGCAGAAGCUCGUAGGCUUCCUGCAGUUUUCUCAAACCCUAUAAAUGGAUGCGCAAGCUCGUUAUCAAAGAUAUCUGGAGGAAUUGCAUUGUCUGCUCGAGGUGAUUGUGAGUUUGCUGCUAAGGCUGAGAUUGCACAGUCGGCCGGUGCUGCAGGCUUGUUAGUGGUAAAUACUGCAGAAGCUCGUAUGGAGAUGUCCUGUUCCGAGGCCAGUGGUAGCAAUGUUACUAUCCCUGUUAUUAGUGUCGCACAGUCUGAUGGAAAUAUUAUAAACAAAUUACUGACAGGUGGACAAAAAGUGGAACUUCAGUUAUAUUCCCCAGUGAGCCCUAUUGUAGACGGUUCUGUGGUAUUCCUAUGGAUGAUGUCUGUAGGGACUGUUUUCUGUGCUACUCUUUGGGCAGACUUUACUAAACUUGAGGAGAGUGAUGAACCGUACAAUGAUGUCUCAAAGGAAUCUGCUGGGGCUGAACAAGAGGUUGUUGAUAUUAAUGCAAAAAGCGCUGUCUUCUUUGUUAUCUCUGCAUCAACUUUUCUCGUGCUUCUGUAUUUCUUCAUGUCAGAAUCGUUUGUCUGGCUACUGAUCUUCCUUUUCUGCUUAGGUGGUAUUGAGGGAAUGCAUACUAUUAUUGUGUCUCUUGCGUUAAGGAGGUGUAGAAAUUGUGGGGAUAAGAAAGUUAGCUUGCCUCUUAUGGGGACUAUAUCUGUUCUUUCUCUUCUUGCUUUGCUGUUCUGCAUGGUGUUUGCCAUAGGUUGGGCUGCCACUAGGAGAGCAUCAUUUUCAUGGAUUGGUCAAGAUAUUCUAGGUAUUUGCUUGAUGAUAACAAUUCUUCAGGUUGCACGAUUACCCAAUAUAAAGGUGGCUACAGUACUUCUUUGUUGUGCGUUUCUUUAUGAUAUAUUCUGGGUCUUCCUAUCGCCUUAUAUCUUCCAUAACAGUGUUAUGAUUGUGGUAGCGAAAGGUGACAAAGCUGGUGGAGAAUCUAUUCCGAUGCUUCUGAGAAUUCCACGACUAUUUGAUCCUUGGGGUGGCUAUAAUAUGAUUGGAUUUGGGGAUAUCCUCUUCCCUGGUCUUCUGGUCUCAUUUGCUCACAGGUUUGACAAAAGUACUAAUAAGACCUUACCAACUGGAUAUUUCCUUUAUUUAAUGAUUGGCUAUGGAUGUGGCCUGAUGUUCACUUACAUGGGAUUGUAUUUGAUGAAUGGCCACGGUCAACCUGCUCUCUUGUACCUUGUUCCCUGCACAUUAGGAACUUGCGUUGUAUUGGGCUUGAUUAGAGGUGAACUAAAAGCUCUUUGGAGUUGCGGUGAAGAAGGCUCCAAGCCCACAGAAACUCUUGGUGAUAGAGUUUGAAGAAGCCAGUCGUCGUAUGGUGCACUGUUUGUUGUAUUCACGAAUGUAUAUGAAAGAAAAGAAAUGUUUAAUUGUAAAUUUCUCCUUGUUUAAAUAGCAGCUAAGUAAGUCAGUAGGUAAAUUUGUGCUCAUUUUUAGUUGGUGUUCUUUUUUAGUAGUAGUAUUGUUUGGAGUCAGACAUAAGUAUAUUAUGUACAAUAUUGGCCUCAUUGUGCCAACAAUUUUAUUUUAACUUUUGUAACAAGUUCAAAAGUUUAUUAU